UUGUGUAUUUUUUUGUAAUUUCUUUGAGUUGCAUUAUUUGAAGGAAUAAAUAAAAUAUUAUGGCUAAAAAAUCUAAUAAAAGAAAAAAUUCCGGUGCGCUUGAGGAGCGAAAAAAAGAAAUCAUUGUAAAAACAAAGGAAGAUUCGGAGAGUGAUGACGAUAGCGUGGAAGAGGAUUUAUUGCAGAAUGUUGGAGAACAGGAGGCUGACAGUACAGAUGAUGAAGGCAUUGAUCAAUCGUAUCUGUCUGAUGGCAGUGAUGAUUUGCAAUUUGAAAGUGACGAUGAAGGUAACUUUACAUCAAUAAAGUCUAAUGGUAAGCAGGAGGAAGGUGAUAGCGAAGAGGAUGAUGGUGAAGAAGAGGAGGAAAUAGAUGAUGCCGAUAUAGAAGAUAUAUCCACUGAUGAUGAAGAGGACGAAGAAGAAGAUGAUGAAGAAUUAGCAUUGGAUGAAAGUGACAGUGAUAAUGAAUUAGAAGAUAUAAAGCAAGCUGCUACAUCAGAAGAAUCUGAAGAUAUUUUAAAUAAAAAGCCAAAAAAUAAGAAUCCUAAAAACGCCAAUACAACUAAACAAUCCGCAUCAAAUGCCAUUGAAAAAUUCGAUGAUGAGUUGAAAAAAGAACAAAAACCUAAAGGAUCUAAGAAAACAACAAAAUCCAACAUAGGAACUUAUGAAGAAUACGAAAAUUCGGAUACUUCGGAUGAAGAAGAUAUUCGUAAUACAGUAGGCAACAUACCAAUGCAUUGGUAUGACGAAUACAAACACAUUGGUUACGACUGGGAUGCAAAGAAAAUUAUUAAACCUGCCAGAGGUGACCAAAUUGAUGAUUUCUUGCGCAAAAUUGAAGAUCCCAACUUUUGGCGCACAGUACGAGAUCCUCAAACUGGCCAAGAAGUGGUUCUUACGGAUGCUGAUAUAGAACUUAUAAAACGCAUCAAUUCAGCCCGUGUUCCUAAUCCCGAUCAUGACGAAUAUCAGCCCUGGAUCGACUGGUUUACAUCGGAAGUAGAAAAAAUGCCUAUUAAAAAUGUGCCCGAUCACAAGAGAUCAUUUUUGCCAUCUGUCUCAGAAAAGAAGAAGGUUGGUCGUAUGGUUCACGCUCUAAAAAUGGGUUGGAUGAAGACAAUGGAAGAAUUAGAGAAGGAGAGGAAAGAAAAACGAGGACCUAAAUUCUAUAUGCUCUGGGAAACGGAUACAAGUCGCGAGGAAAUGCGGCGCAUACAUGAUCCUGUUUCAGCACCAAAACGUGAUCUACCUGGUCAUGCUGAAUCCUACAAUCCACCUCCAGAAUACCUCUUCGAUGAAAAGGAACAAAAAGAAUGGUUAAAAUUAAAGGAUGAACCACAUAAACGCAAAUUACAUUUUAUGCCACAAAAAUAUACUUCAUUGCGUGAGGUUCCUGCAUACUCACGUUAUCUUAGAGAACGUUUCUUGCGUUGUCUCGAUUUGUAUUUAUGUCCAAGAGCUAAGCGUGUCAAACUUAAUAUUGAUGCAGAAUAUUUGAUUCCAAAGUUACCUUCACCGAAGGAUCUGCAACCAUUCCCCACUGUCGAGAGUUUGGUUUAUCGUGGUCACACAGAUUUGGUACGAUCUGUCAGUGUUGAACCAAAGGGUGAAUAUGUCGUUUCUGGCUCUGACGAUAAAACUGUUAAAAUUUGGGAAAUUUCCACCGGACGUUGUAUACGUACUAUUGAAACUGACGAUGUGGUACGUUGUGUAGCCUGGUGUCCCAAUGCAAAGUUGUCAAUUAUUGCUGUUGCAUCUGGCAAUCGUUUAUUGCUUAUUAAUCCUAAAGUUGGUGAUAAAAUGCUGGUUAAGAAGACAGAUGAUCUUUUGGCCGAAGCUCCACAGAAUGAUGCUCUGGAAAGUGAACGCAUUAAGACAGCCGUGCAAUGGUCUACUGCUGAAGCAGCUGAACAAGAAAAGGGAGUACGUGUUGUAAUAAAUCACUUUAAGCCAAUACGUCAAGUGACUUGGCAUGGACGAGGUGAUUACUUUGCCACUGUUAUGCCAGAGGGUGCUAAUCGUUCGGCGUUAAUACAUCAACUUUCAAAGAGACGCUCUCAAAUACCAUUUUCAAAGAGUAAAGGUCUUAUUCAAUGUGUACUUUUCCAUCCAAUUAAACCCUGUUUCUUUGUGGCUACACAACAUAACAUACGUAUCUAUGAUUUGGUUAAACAAGAAUUGGUGAAAAAAUUAUUAACCAACUCGAAAUGGAUUUCUGGUAUGUCUAUACAUCCAAAAGGUGAUAACUUGCUUGUCUCAACAUAUGACAAGAAAAUGUUGUGGUUCGAUUUGGAUUUGUCUACAAAGCCUUAUCAAACAAUGCGUUUACACAAGAAUGCUGUACGCAGUGUUGCUUUCCAUUUACGUUAUCCAUUGUUUGCUUCUGGUAGUGACGAUCAAGCCGUCAUUGUAUCCCAUGGCAUGGUGUAUAACGAUUUGUUGCAAAAUCCCUUAAUUGUUCCGCUGAAAAAGCUACAGACUCACGAAAAACGCGAGGAAUUUGGUGUUUUAGACGUUGUAUGGCAUCCUGUACAACCCUGGGUAUUUUCAACUGGUGCCGAUGCCACCAUAAGACUUUACACAUAGAUAUUCA